AUGGUAUUUUGCACUCAGAGCAUACCUGUCACCAUGGUGAUUAUAAUCAUACAACAGAUGAGGCUCAUGGGAAAUAGUCUUGAGAAGAACACGUUUUUGUGUAAAUCAGACAAGAGAAAAUGUGACAAAAGGCAGAUGAAGGCAGAGGGGGAAAAAUGCAUCCUGGAUCCCUCACAGUGGAGGUGUUUAGAGAGAGUCCUGUCGCUAGAAGGCCCACAGUCAGCAGCUGUGCUGUUGUGUUUUGGACCAGUUGAAGGCAACGAAGAGAGUAAUGGUCCAGACCCAGCUAGAAGGACUUACAGUAAUCCAACUGUGAGAAAACAGGUGGAUGACGUGUUCAAAGACGUCAGCAGAAACCACACCAAGGUUUUUUACACAGGAUUUCAGAAAAGACUCACACGAGAUAAAGGGGCUGACAACACCCUAGAGAGUUUUGGUUGUCAAAAGAAAGAUCUCAGGUUCAUUAUCAGGGACCAGAGGCAAAUACAUCUGCAGGUCAUCAGCAAAUCAGUGAAAGGGGAUAUUAUACUUCUAGAAGAAAAGCCCAACGGCAGAAAGUACAUUGAAAAGACAAGUGCUGGGCCCGGAUUUGAGCCCCGGGGACAUGGGGAGGACUUAAAAUACUGUGACUGGAAGGAACAGAUAACCGGGUUGCUAGGGACACAGGAGUUGGCAGAACCCAGGAAGGUUGAUAUUGUAUUGGGGGCGCUGGCUGGGGAAGCCAAACGUCAGGUCAGUGUUUUGGAAGAGAAGGAAAAAGAUCAAGUCCGUAAAAUCCUUAACUAUUUAGAUUCCCUGUAUGGAGACCGCACUCCAACCGCGGUGUUAAGGUUGCGGCGACAUGACCCCGACGACUCCCCCUCAGAUAUAGCCUUACGGGACCAGCUGUUGUUGGGGUUACAGGAGGGUCCCCUGGCCCAGGCCUUAAAGGUUUAUGCUCGCCGUAACCCUGAGGGGGAUUUUGCUGCUAUCCGUCAGGAGGCACUAUUACUUGAUGCAGAGUACGGAAACACGCCGACUGAGGCGACAUGGACCUGGCUGGAAGGAGGCCCUAAAGAGGGAGCCAAAUGCUUCACCGCCUCCUUUAAACUAACCAUCCCUGCUGCUGAGGUCCGGGGGGCAGGGGUGGCUGAUUCACCACCAGAGGGAAAAGGGGCCACUGAGAUGUUUGUUGGACAAAGUCCUACCAUAGGGGUGACCAUUGAGGGAGUCCAGCUCCAGGGGUUGCUGGAUACGGGUUCCCAAGUAACUUUAAUGCAACAGAGUCUCCUAGAAAAAUAUUUUACUGGAAUUAAACCUGAGAAGACCCCUGUAUUCUUCCAAUUGAGAGCAGCCAAUGGAUUAGAGAUCCCCUAUACUGGCUAUGCAGUGUUGGACUUUGAAGUGGAGGGCAUUAGCAUACCUGGGCGGGGCGUUAUUAUUGUUAUGGAUGAACAUUGUACACACCCGCUCAUUAUAGGCAUGAACAUUGUGACUGCUUGCUGGAAGGCCCUGUUUAAGAGUUCUGCAGCGGCUGCCCCAUGCCCAUCACCGAUAAAGCAUCAGAAGGCCUGGAAGGAUGCCUUUGCAACCUGCAGGCGUAUUGAAGCUACUGUGGCCGAGGAUGGGCUGCUUGGAUUUGUGCGGCUGGCCCGUCGGGGCCCUAUAAGGAUCCCACCGAGAAGUGAGAUGCUGGUUUGGGGCCGGGCGCGGAGGGGCCCACGAGGAGCAGACUACUGUGCCCUGUUAGACCCGACAUCAGAGACCAGUAAGGUGGGCGUGGCCAGGACACUGGCCAUUGUAAGAAAUGGCAGAAUUCCGGUGCGUGUUUGCAACCCCCACCCUUACAGCCUGUCUAUUGGCCGGUACGAGAAGCUGGGAAAGCUGUACCACAUGGAUGAGACGGAUGUUCAUGGACCUCGUGAUCUGAGCCUGUCCCUGGAGGAGGACGGAGCGGUUGAAGUGGCGUUGGUGGAUGCAGCAGUGCCUACAGAACAAAGUGAGCUUCCACAAAGGGUGAGAGAUCUAACUAACCGGCCAGAUUUGUCUGAAGCUCAACAGGAGGAGCUGUGUGCCUUGCUGCAGAAGUGGGAAAAAGUUUUUGCGAAGCAUGAUGAAGACUUUGGGCGGACAGAGGCCGUAAAACACCAAAUCCACACUGGUGGGGCAGCACCUAUUAGGGAGCGAUAUCGACCUCUCCCUCCCCUCAUGUACAGAGAGGUGAAAUCCCUGUUGUCAGAUAUGCUGGAGAGAGGAGUGAUUAGAGAGAGCUGUAGCCCCUGGGCUGCACCCAUAGUCCCGGUGAAGAAAAAAGACAACAGUUGGAGAUUCUGUGUCGAUUAUAGGAAAUUGAACGCAGUAACUCAUAAAGAUGCCUUUCCUUUGCCUAGGAUAGAGGAGACUCUGACCAGUCUGAACCGAGCAGAGUGGUUUUCUACCCUUGACCUGGCCAGUGGGUACUGGCAGGUCGAAAUGGAUCCUCAGGACAGGGAGAAGACUGCUUUUACCACUCCACUUGGGUUGUUUGAAUUUGAACGCAUGCCGUUCGGAUUGUGUAAUGCCCCCGCCACUUUCCAGCGACUUAUGCAGCAGUGUUUAAGUGGUCAGAUGGCAGAGUCACUGUUGGUGUACUUGGAUGACAUCAUUAUUUACUCACCCGAUUUCUCCUCUCACCUACAGCAUCUGGACGGGGUACUCCAAAGGCUGUGGCAGCACGGAUUGAAGCUACGGCUGGACAAGUGUAAACUACUGCAACGUGAGACAGCCCGCCUGGGGGCAACGGAACAGCGCUGGGUUGCUCAGCUUGCCUCUUUUAACUACAGCAUCAAGUAUCGUCCCGGGAAAAGCAACACGAAUGCUGAUGCCUUGUCCAGGUUCCCAGUGCCCACCUCGGAUGAUGAACCCUCCGAUGCGGAGGCUGCAUUUUCGGCAGCCGUGGAGCUCGCCCCUGAUGGGGGAAGUGAAGAUUGGGCUGAUGGUGAAUGGGAGCUGGCUCAAGCCAAUGACCCGGAUAUCCGGCUGGUUAAAGAGUACGUGGACCGACAAACGAGACCCUCGAGAGCAGAGCGACAAGCUAUGUCCCGCACGGCCCAGAAGUUGCUACAACAACAGAAGAGGCUUGUGAAUAAGGGCAAUUUACUGUGCCGGAGGGUGAUCGAGCCCCGCACCAAUGAGGAGCACUACCAGAUUGUAUGUCCCAGCUCUCGACAUAGAGAGGUUUGGAUGAGAAUCCACGAGGCAGCUGCCCAUGCUGGUGUGGACCGGACCCUGGCCCGGGUCAGACAAAAGUUCUACUGGCCAGACCAAGAGGGGGAGGUACGUCGUUACCAUCAGGGUUGUGUCGCCUGUAGUUUACAGAGAGAGAAGGUAGAAUUGAGGGCUCCUUUGAACCCUGUGGUGGUGUCCUACCCCUUAGAAGUGAUAGGGUUAGACUUCUUAUCGCUUGGUCGGCCUACUGAUGUUUUCCAAAACAUACUUGUUGCUACAGAUCUGUUCACCCGGUUUGCUUGGGCCAUCCCUACUAGAGAUCAGACGGCGCAGACCACAGUGAGGGCUCUGUGGACGCAUGUAAUUCAACCUUUUGGCUGCCCAGCCCAUUUCCAUUCGGAUCAAGGCCCCAACUUUGAGUCUGCCUUAAUGAAGCAGCUCUGUGACACCUAUGGUGUAACUAAGAGUCGCACAACGCCAUACCAUCCAGCAGGGAAUGGUGGUACAGAGCGGUUCAACCAGACAUUGCUAGACAUGCUUCGCUCAUUGGAGACAGCCAAGCAGAACCGCUGGCCGGAAUACAUUUCUGAGCUGGUACAUGCGUAUAACAACACAACACACAGCUCCACCGGUUAUGCGCCCUCUUUUCUCAUGUUUGGCAGGCAUUUGAGACUCCCGGUAGAUCUAGAGCUGGGGGUUGGCCCCCAAGAGGUACGUCACGAGCUGAGUGGGUGGGUAAAUGAGCACCAGCGGAGACUUUCCACCGCUUAUAAUAUAGCGGGGCAAAAGAUGAGCAAGGCAGCUUCUCAGUCGAAACAGCAUUAUGAUAAGAAGGCCAAGGCCAUGCCCCUGCUGCCAGGAGAACGAGUGUGGGUGCGGGAGAGAAACAGGCAGGGCAGAGGGAAACUGUGUACAUGGUGGGGAAAUGAUCCUUUUGUGAUUUUGGACAAGGUGGGAGAGACGGGGGUGGUUUAUCGGGUGCAACCUGAAAAAGGUGGUCGCCAGCAGACGGUGCAUAGGAAUGCAUUGAAGCCGUGUACAGCACCCCCUGUAGACAUUUUACCACCGGUAGCGGAGCCUGAAGCAGGCAGUCAAAGGCUUUUAGAGACUCUAAAGUGGCCGGAACCAUUGUUCUAUGGGUUUUUUCCCCUAGCUCCGCACGGGGCUCCCCAAGAUGGACCACAGGAAGCAGUGCGGCGCUCUGCUCGGCCUAAUUUUGGCAAGCCACCAGACAGGUAUGGGGAUUGAACUGUUCACGUCACAGGGACUGACGACGUCAAGAAGUGGGGGGAUGUCAUACGGGCAAAGUCUGUUUUAUUGUGGUUUUCCUUCUAGUGUGGUGUGUUUUUAGUGUGUAUUCUUUUUUAUUUAGUUUAGUGCAUGGAAUGCUUUUAUUUUGGGGAACCCAGGAAACUGGGAGGGUGUGUGAUUUUACUUUGAUGAGCUUGGACAGAUGACAUCCGGACCGGAGCAAUUAUCUGCACCGGUGGCAGAUUAGGAGCGUCUGUUUUUUGGUGGAGACGGUGGCAGCAAGGAGAGAAUCGCCGGGUGAAAGGACACCGAUCGUCUGUGACGAGGCUUCAUGGAGAUGUGGGCAGGGUAUUCCUCUGCCCUGGCGUGUGAGUAGCGGCCCUGUGACAAGGUGUGACCCGCGGUGUGUGAUCGAGCAGUGACUGCCGUUAAAUUCACUGACAGGUGGACCCGCGACAGAGGAGGACGACAGCGUGGCGCGGUGACGCGGCCGAGCCAGUGACUGAUCUGCAGGAGGAAGCGGCCGAUCGAGGGAAACGGCGGUGCGGCAGACGCGCGUCUUGAAGGAGGAGGCGAGCUAUCGAGGGAAGAGGA